UUUAUUUACAUUCCAGUGUACGUUUGCGAAUAGACAAAGUGUUGUUCGGUGUUUGUACGUGUAUUUUGUGUGUACCGAUAGAGUUUUAAUAAAUAAGUACUGACUAGUGUAUGAUGGUACUAAUUGUACAAUUUACCUACUGAUAUAAAAAGUAACAUCCAUAAACAAUAAGAAAAAUAAGCUACCUAUUGUUUUGAUGAAUUAUCAAACAUGCCACAGUGCUACGUGGAAAAUUGCGGAAACUACUACGGGAAAACCCGAGGAAAUGCUAAAAUCAUCUACCACAUGAUGCCGCUAGACCCAGCAUUGGCAGCAAAAUGGGCAAAACUAUGUGGCAGACCGGAGGUGAAGAGGUCAUCAUACGCACGAGUUUGUAGCGAUCACUUUUCACCAAAAUGCUACCAAAGGGAUCUACAACAUGAAUUACUUGGUUUACCAUUACGAAGAAAACUCAAACCUGAUGCCGUCCCUGAUACAAAUCUUCCCAAACCUUACCGACCCAGAACUAAGGACACGAAAAUUCUUCCUCAACCUACGAAUAUUAUCAAAACCAUGCCCAAACUAUGCAAUACUUUCCCCAAAAAGCCAAUAAAGGAGGACAUAGAAGUUCCAAAAAUCGAAGCAAAACUCAGAAAAAUACUGACAACAAGCUCACCCGUACGUCAAAGAAUCAGUAUCAUGACUCGAAGUCCUAUGAGCUUCAAUCACUCUCAGUUUUUAAAUAGCACACCUACAGAGCUCUACGUUUCAAAAUUAGAUUCACUUAAAGAAAAUGAAUCUAAAAACAAUAAUAAUUCAUCAAAAAACAACAACAAAUGCGCUAAAUUGCCCAUGAGGUCUAGCUACAGGAUAGCUAAGAAGAAAUCUAUUGAAUCUCUAAGCGAUUCCUUCACAGAAAAGGUGAACAGCAAGGCGAGAAGUGGUGAUAAACCUGAGAGGUUUGAAGAUAAACUCAAGUUUAUGGCCAAGUUGCAGCUGAAAUUUGAAAGAAAAGAAAACAGUGUCCAGCCUGCAAAUAACUCGGAAAAUUUUCUGGGAACUGAUAAAAACAGUUUAAACAAGAUGCAGAUCAUGGAAAAUGUAAGAGAAGGAUGCACUAACAAUCCUCCAUCAUCUCCCGGACAUGCUGAACAGAGACAAGAGGCGGAUUUGCUUGAAGAGAACGAGGAUGAAACCCAAGUGAAAAAAGAAGAUCCUGUAGAAAAUGGCGUGGAACCGAAAGCGGACGAAGACGUCUCGGAUUCCAACGAUCUCGUGAUUAAAGAAGAGAUCAAGAAAAUAGAUGAAGAUAGUGAGAAAAUUGAAGAAAAUAAUGGGAAUCAUAGUCCAACAAACGAAAACCACAAGCGCAGUCUGGAAAGUGAUGAGACUCCAAUUAAAAGACUUAAGUUAGAUAUUCAGGAAAACUUCAAUUCUCGAGAGAAAAUAAUCAACGAAUUCAUCGAAAUUGCGGAAUGCAACAAUCUGGACCAGAUACAAUGUUUCAGCGAACAGAUUUUGAGCGAGAUCAGGACACUGAACGAAAUGGCUAAAGAAAAAGAACGGGAAUGGAAUCACAUCAUCCACAUGAAAAAAAUCAAAGAAGAGCUUCUGAUUCGAAUUCAACGAAAGAAACAAGUCAUUCUCAUAAACGACAGUGAUCUCAGUGACUUUCAGCCAGAAAUUAACGGUCAGUUAAGUCUGCUCAAGUGCAACCAAAAAUCUAGUAUUUUAAGAAACGCCAACAUGGACAGAUCCAAACAGAAGAAUUUUAUGCAAAACAAGGCUCAGAUGGAUAUAAAUACUUUGGAUUUGAGACAAAAACAGAGGCCUACGUUGGAUGUUCAGUCGAUUAUAGCUGACCAUAGGCAAAGACAUCCUGAAGUGAUUCCGAGAAGAGGUAGGAGAAUUAGACAUUCGCAAAGUGACGGUAAAGGCAGUGGUAUUUUGGGAUUUUCAGGUGGCAGUUUCAGUGUAGGACAAAAAUCAGAGCAGGACUCCAAUUCAGAGCUGGGAUUUCUAUUAAGCCACAUGAACGGGAAUCUUGAAAAUUCGAGAUCAUCAAAUUUAGAAUCUUACGUCCAGGACAACACAUCUUACAAGGACAUACUACUCCAAUUUGCCAAGCUGUCGCAAAAAGAAAGAAACGAAUUGCAGAUGCAUUUACAAAAUAAUACCAAACCUCCUCCACCAUACCCCGAAGUAACAGUUCAUCCUGUCACAAGUACGAGCUCAGUUACACCUACAAAUUCCUUGCUGCACGGUAUAUUAACUAAGACUACAUCGAAACCGACGGGCAACAGCGGCAACCCUCCAAAUCCAAACAGCAAAAGCACCUUUAGCCCAACAUUAGCUAGGUUGCUGACUGCUCCAGAGAGAGGAGCCGCCAAUCAGUUGACUUCAACACCUUUGAUAUCAGGGAACUUGCUGAAUCCCAGUACGAACAUGUCGAUAUCGGAAAUAUUCUCCGGUAGUAAGGCUCGAAAUGAAAUUACCAUAACCCCUGUUGGCAGUAGUCAGUACGAUUCAGGAUCAAAAGGAGAUUCGCUAGAUGACGAGGGUGAAGAACAUCCCGACCGACUGAUAAUCGACGAAACGUCUGAGAACUUAAGUUCUAGAGUUAAAGACGACAACAGCUCAGAAAAUGGAGAUGACAUUCCGCAGUGUCAGGGGUGCAAUCAAAAACCAGCGCAGUUCGUUUGCGCAGGCUGCGGUAACCAGUGGUACUGUAGUAGGGACUGUCAAGUUGCUGCUUGGGACGAACAUUCAGAAGUAUGUUCGGGAUAAAGAUAAAUUAAAGUUUAAAAAACUACUCCUAGAAAUUUAUUUAUUUUAAUUUAAGCUAUAGAUAUAAGGAAAAUUGGCCAGAUUAGUUUAAUAACGUCAAAUAAAUUUGAAUAACGUCAUAAGGUAUACGACUAACAUUACAGGAGUCCUAAUGAUUCCGCUCCUUUAAUUUCAACCUUAUGCAUUAUGCGCAUAAGGUGGAAAAUGAAAUUACACCAAUCUAGUAUUUUGUUUUUAAGUAUUUAGACAGUUUUGUUCUACUCUUAUUCUAUUCUAUUAAUUAAAAUUAAAUUUCUUUUAUUUGAUCAUUUAGUAGAAGAAAUAUUUCAUAAAUAUUUCGACUAAGAGCAAAAUAAACAAAUAACUUGUUUGAGACAGCAUAAUAUAGUCUUUAAACAAAGUAUAUAUGUCACGGCUAAAAUGGAUACUUGGCUAGUUUUCAAACUAGCCAGCUAUUUUAGAAACAAACAGCACAACCAACACCACGAACUGACACCUAACUUAACUCGGCGUAUUGUUAGUUGCAUAUACCAUGACGUCACUCUAAUUAACAUAAUUGAAACAAAAUGAGCUCAUUAAAUAAGAAAUAUCUGAUAUAAUUUAAGUUAAAAUAGAAUCUUUUUUAUAAACGUCAAAAAUUAAACAGAAAAUACAUUCCCUCCCCCAAAUAAUAUUGUUUAAAACUGUCACUUGUCAUUUAAAUAGAUAUACAGUGUGGUCAGUCUACUUAUAAACCUCUCCCACCCUGUAUAUGAAAAAUAUUGCCAAUAUAGCUUCAUAGAAUAAAUCAAAUUAAAGCUUGCCAAAGAAUCCCAAAGAAUUUAAACGGACUAGAAUCUGAUAUCGAUUCAUUUUAACUAAACUUUGACUGUAAACAUUGACUUAAAAAUUCAUUUGACCAUCAUUUUGUAGUUGUGUAGUAUCACCCUGCAUUCUCUCGGUCUAUUGUUUUGUACAGGUGGUCCCAAAUACGAAGGACAAACCAGUAAUAUAUGAACUAACCAUAAAACACUUUUUUCUUACAUGGUAGAUAUCUAUCACCUGUUAAAUGUUUUAUCUCAAAAAAUGAGACAGUCUGUAAAUUACAUUAGACCAUAAACUAAUCAAAAGAAUCAUUAAUAAUCAAAGAUUUUCAUAGCAUUGAAAAUUUUUAUCUAUUUUUAGAAAAAUUACUUUUCUUGGUAAAUAUGCCAUUCGGUUUGCCAUAGAAAUCGUUACCAACAAUAUGAUUGUUCAUUUUGAUAUUAACUUUUUUACUUAUUUAAUACCAACUAAGGUGAUUUUUAGCUAUAAGUUUUUUUUUAUUUGUAUAUACCUAUUUGUUAAUUUAUUUAUUAUAGAUAGAAUCGUAUUAAGGAUCUAACUCUUAAUUAAGAAUGAUAAUUAUUCAUAUCUUGUUCCAUUUAUUUAAAUAUACAAUUGCCCAAAUAGUAUUCGGGAAAUUUCGGCAGCUUAUUUUGAACAUAAGUAAAAAAGUUCGUAUAAACUUAUGUCCGAAAAUUCUUCGUUUAAGAGAUACAUGGUGUAGAAUUUUAAUUUUUGUUUCAAUUUUUUCCACAUAAUUUCUGAACUAAACUCAAUAUUUUGAUGAAAAUUAGUGUCUGUGUGUUUUUUGAUAUGGUAAAUUCAAUUUCGAUGCCAAUAUGGCUCCACCUACAUGUUUUUAAUUGUUUUGAAGAGUAAUAACUUUUCGUCCGUACCUGUAUUACACUAUUGGGUUAGGUUAAGAAAAAAAACGUAUUUCCGCUGUGCUUUACGUAAAAAUGGUCUCUUAAUAAAAAGCGCUACGAGUAAUGGUUCUCAAGAUAUUUGGAAUGGAAAUUAUCAAUACAUGUCAUCAUUAACAAAAAAUAAGCAUGUUGUCUGGAAAGUUAUUUGACUUGUAUGAUAAAUUUGGUAAUUUUUUUUCAACAGUUUCUGUUGAACCUUUGGUACAAUUUCCAAAUUUACUAUUUCAGUUUAAUAACUAUCCAGUCAACAGGUUUAAUUUUUGUUGGUGAUGACAUGUAUUGAUUAUUUCAAUUCCAAAUAUCUGGAGGACAAUUGCUCGAACAGUAGCCAUUUUUACCAACAGACUUUUUUACGUAUAAAUGGCGAACAUAUUUAUUUUCUCUCUCAGUAAUGUAAUGCAAGUACGAACAAAAAUGUAUUACUCUUUAAUGGCCGUUUUCCCAGCACUUAUUAAGGUAACUUUACGUUAAGUGCCGCUUUGAAUGUGACUUUUUAAAUUCGCUUUUCAUAUUCAAAGCUCCACUUAACUUAAAGUAACCUUAAUAAGUGCUGGGAAAACGGCCAUAAACAGUUAUAAAAACUUGUAUGUGGCGCCCCCUACAAGUAGGAGUUAAACUAACAUUGGCAUUGAAUUUCUCAUGCCAAGGAAUAUCCAUAUAUCAAUUUUCAUCCAAAUAUCAACAUCAGUUCAGAAAUUAUUUCAAAAACAACUAAAUAAAAAUUGAAUUUCUACACCCUGUAUCUCCGAAAGGGGGCAUUUUAUGACAUGAAUUUAUAUAAACUUUUUUUCUCAUUUUUAUCUGCAGAAUAUGUUAUUCCCGAUUACAAUUCGGACCACCCUGUAGUUUGUAUUAAUUUCUACCCUAGAUCAUAUACAAGGUGGUUCAAGGUAGAUGAUAGAAAGAUGAUGAUAGAGUAGAGAUUCAUUUCUACCCUAGAUCAUAUACAAGGUUAUUACAAGGUAGAUGAUACUACAAAGUGGACCACCCUGUAUACUAUCUUAUACGAGUAUAAUCUAGGAUAUGUAUAUAGCCUAUCCAUCAAAAGAAUAUAGGACUACGCACUACACUUAUUGAAGAUAUAAUUCUGAAAAAAUGAAACGAUCUAAAUAUGACAUAGAUAAUUGUCACUAAUGUCAUAUAUUCUAUCGCUGGACAUACUAUAGCUGUCAUUUCUGAUUAAGACAUGACAUAAUAUUUCUAUCUUAAUCACAAAUGACAGUUGAUAUCCCCUAGUCAGUAUUUAGUGUUAAUAAUGUUAAUAUAGAAGCAAGUGAUAUUUUUGUAAUGGUAGCUGGAGGAUUUCAAAUAUAGAAUAAUCAAAAAUAAAUCAAAUAUCACUUGAUUCUAGGCCAGAAGAGAUUUUUCAAAAUGAAUUCAAAAUCUAGAUCUCUUCAACUGAUUUUAAUAUUUUUUGAGUAGAUUUUUUGAGUAGUUUUUGUGCAAGUGCCAUCAGUGUAUAUAGAUCGUAAGUAGAUGAUAAGUUUACGCAAUAGAGACUAUAGUUUUUUGUAAGAUACAAUUCUGUGAUAUCCAUAAAUGGAUCAAACAUAUUUAAAAAUCUACGCGAAUAUCUUUUGUAUUUCAA